AUGUCUCCAGACGUCAAUGACAAUCCCCCUCAAUUUCAAUCGGGCUCUCUGGAAGUGUUUAAAAGUAUACCAGAAAGAGAAGCUAUCCAUACUCUUUUAGGUACUAUUUGCGCUUUUGACAUAAAUGGCCCUGGCAAUAAUAAUGUUACUUUUACUAUGCGCUCAAUUGACAACUUGAUUGCAGAUGGAAUGAUUAGUAUAAAUAAUUUGAGUGGCGUAUUAAGCGUCAGCUAUAACAUACAGUACUAUAUACCGAAAAUUUAUACCUUGAAUUAUAAUAUCAUUUUAAAGGACGGACAGCAUAUGACAUCCGGAAAG